UACAACCUACAAAGGAUGAGAAGGUGUGAAUAAUUUCUAAAAAAUAAAGGUGAAAUGACAAAUUGUUUCCAGUAACAAUGGUUUUUCAAAAAUGCUCCUGAGUUCUUGCAGAGCAGUGUGUUUACAGAUUUAAAAGUGGAACUGUGGAACUGCUCAAAAAGUUCAACUUUUCAAGUCUUUACGAAUAAUGUACACUGACAUGAAAAAAAGUUAAAUUCAAUUCUGUUCUAUUUAUAUAAUACUAUAGGACAACAAAUGUCACCAAGAUGCAAGACAAACUGUAAAAUAUUUUUCCGAGUUGAGGAAGUCAGUUUUCUGAUUAUUUUCCAUAUUGCCUUAUGGCUCUACUACAAAGUUACAAACAUUCUCAUGACAUGUCUUCUGACAUCAGAAAAAGUACUUGUAUGGAUGUUAUUCAAAAAUGGAUGUUAUUCAAAAAUUACUGAUGUUCUUUUAUAUGACAAUAAAAUAUUACCACUGGUGGCCAAUAAUAAUAAUAAUAAUCCCAUGGAAAGCAAUUGAGGAUGAGAAAAGCGAACUGAAAAGCCUUGAUAGCUAGAAGAUAAGAAGCAUCGGGAUUACACUGAUUGAAGUCGAUCAAGAUUGAUAAAAUCACCAGUAAAUCUAUAAGCUAAUAAUCCAAACAUUAUCUUAUGAUGAGACGCAAACAGCCUACUACAGAAUUCAGUUAUAGCAAAUCUAGCCAUUACAUUGGGUCAUUUAGUUAAAGAUCACCUGCCAUGACCACCCACCACCCCCACAUCUCCGGGAUGGCGUCUCCACUCCUGUCACCUAAACUCGGCCUGUCAGAACUGUCACCUCCUGGGCCUUUAUUGCUCCAGUUCUCUCACCUCACUCUCCCAAGCAUAAAUCAACGCUGCCCGAAUGGUCUAAUGUGUGCGAGAUGUGUUAAAAUAUCACAUCUUCAACGUGUAUUCAAGAAACAAUGCCAAACCUUUAAAACCCAUAAUAGCUCUAUACUGUAUUAAUUAAGUUAUGCAUGUUGAUGUUAACAAUGUUGUGGCUGAUCUCCUCGAGAACAACCCGAUAAAAGGCUAAAAACCGGCAACAAUAUUUGACGGCCACUUCAUUUCUUGUUGAUAGUUUCGAUGUUUCUGAGCCACUCAGCACUAAAAAAACAACUAUUGUCUGUUAUUAUUGACUCAUUUAAAUUCUUAAACGCUCUUCGUUAAGCGCAAAUCACGGAGGGCUCCUGGUUUCAGUCAUCCAUGAAAAUGAAUGUGGGUGAUAUCUAAUUAGAAAGGAUUAUCUUCGCCCUCGGCCGUCCCAAUCGCCUCCCCUAUUGUCCAGCGCGAUGAGUGGAUUGUUGUUUUAAGGGAUUUUGAGUGUUUUAGAAGAGAUUUAAUGGGAGACGUGUAACGUUAAUCACUGGCUUAGACGUCGCUCGCAUUAAGUAAAAGUUUGUGGAAUAGCAGAAACUGUCGGGAUGAGUGCUGAAGAGGAGAAUGAUCGUGCGUAAUUAGGACAAUUAGACGUAGGACUAAAUGGAUUAUCCAUCCAUUCAUAUUGAAAAUGCUAAUUUGUUAUUGUUGCAUUUUUUUUUGUAAAGAAAAGAAAAGGUCGAAUUAGAUCAAGUCCAAUAAAAUAACCACACUGGAGCAUUUUAACGUUCAAAACAAAUGUUUAUGCUCCUGUAAAUUCCAGACUUUUUUCACACCGAGUUGUUUCCUAGGGAAUCAUCUAUUAUCCCAUUAUCACGACCAUGUCAAUUUCGCCAACGUGUCAGGCGGUAUUUAUAUGACUACAUGGCGUCCAGUCUGAAAAGCUUUACGGCUUUGCAAUACCAGGGUGUCCGCCCAUGGGACACCGGUCCCAUUUCCCAAACAUUUCAUGAAGCCAGCAAGCCUCGGUACUGUCCCUCAGUAACAUGACCAGAUAUAAUUAUUAUAGGCAGUUUCUUUCUUUCUUUUUUUUUUUUUUCUUUUUUGGUGAAUGGGGGGGAGGGUGCACAACAUGGUAUGUUUUUUAUUUAAUGUUAUGCUGCGCUCCAGUUUCAGAAUUCUGCGGCCCUGACAUAACAUUGUCAAUCUUGCAUUUAUAGUUGUAUUCAGCGAUUCAUGAGAACUUGUGCUCUGACUUAAUUACAUUCAUACAUUUAUUCGUGGGAAAAGCAUAUGGGGAUCGGAGCCUGGGAGCGACAGGUGAAAGAGGGGCUGUUUAACAGUCUGCGCAACUUCUUUGAAGUGCAACUCAUGCGCCGACGGCUCCUGUUUGUCAAUGGGACGCGGUAAUUCAGCUCGUCAUUGACGCAUUUUCACAGCGAGACGUUACCUGCAGGACAAAUCUUUCAAUCAGCCGCGUAGGAGCAUAUAAGUAUAGUCAGAGCAGGGAAGCAGCACCAUUAGCUGUCUUAUUUCCUCCCGGUACAUACAUUUGGAACACAAGCAAAAGUUCUGCGAUGGCGCAACUGGAUAUCCUCUCAGCCAUGGCCUUGUCCACGCUCUGUCUCUUUCAGCUUGCUUCCACUUGGACAGUGAAUAAUUUUCUUAUGACUGGUCCAAAGGCGUUUCUUACCUACGCCAGCAGUGUACAGAUGGGCGCACAGAGAGGAAUACGAGAGUGCAAACACCAAUUCGCUUGGGAGAAGUGGAACUGUCCAGAAAGCACACUUAAGCUAUCCACACUUAACAGCCUCCGAAUUGCCACAAAAGAGACCUCGUUUGUGCACGCCAUCAGCGCAGCUGGAGUGAUGUACACGCUCACCAAGAACUGUAGUUUGGGGGACUUUGAGAGCUGCGGCUGCGAUGACUCAAGGAUUGGCCAGACAGGAGGCAGAGGAUGGAUUUGGGGAGGUUGUAGUGACAACAUAGAGUUCGGAGAAAAGAUCUCCCGACAGUUUGUGGAUGCCCUGGAAGAUGGGCAUGAUGCACGCGCAGCAGUCAACCUCCAUAACAACGAGGCGGGAAGACUGGCGGUCAUAGCAACCAUGAGGAGAGCCUGCAAAUGUCAUGGGGUGUCUGGAAGUUGCAGCAUCCAAACCUGCUGGAUGCAGCUGGCCGACUUCAGGGAGGUGGGGAGCUACCUGAGGACGAAGCACCAGCAUGCCAGGAAGCUGGAGAUGGACAAGAAGCCAAUGAGAGCGGACAAUAGCGCGGACAGCAGGAGAGCCAUAGCGCACGCCUUUAGGAGCAUCUCCAAAGCGGAGCUCGUAUAUCUGGAGGAUUCCCCAAAUUACUGUAUCAAGAACCUGAGUCUGGGACUGCAAGGCACAGAGGGGCGGGAGUGCCUGAAGGGCGUCAGGAACGUGUCCCAGAGGGAGAGGAGGAGCUGCCGCCGGCUGUGCUACGAAUGCGGCCUCAGAGUGGUGAAGAGACGCACCGAGGUGGUCAGCAGCUGCAACUGCAAAUUUCACUGGUGCUGCACAGUCAAGUGUGAAAAAUGCACGCAGGUUGUCACUAAAUAUUACUGCGCGGGUAAAGACGGCUCAGGGAAACGCCACAAUAAAACCAAGCGCAAACCCGUGACGCGCCGACAGUGACAUUUACCCAUGAACAUGUGAUUACUUAAGCAUUAUGGAUUUAUCAGCGACUUUUUUGCAUAGUGGAUUUAUUAUUUGGAUUCGGAAAUGAGACAUAAGCAGACGCCUGUUAUUGCACUUUCUCCAUUUUUGAUUGGAAUUUAUAUAUAAAACAUUUUAUUAAAAACCAGACUCUGCAAACGCUUCACGCAGAAUUUGGG